CAUACCAUGAUUACGAAAUCUGGCAAGGUAUGCAAGUUGCAGCGAUCAAUCUACGGAUUGAAGCAAGCCUCACGGAGUUGGAACAUCCGCUUUCACGAAACUGUCAUCAGCUUUGGUUUUGAAAGAAAUUCGGAUGAAUCUUGUGUAUACAAGAAGGUCAGUGGGAGUGCUGUAGUCUUCCUUGCUCUGUAUGUUGAUGACAUAUUGCUCAUAGGAAACGAUAUUCCUACUUUAACCACCGUCAAAAUGUGGUUGAGUAAGAGUUUCUCUAUGAAGGACUUGGGAGAUGCCAGUUAUGCACUUGGCAUAAGGAUCUAUAUGGAUAGAUCACGGAAGCUGUUAGGUCUCAGUCAAAGUACAUACAUAGACAAGGUCCUCGCUAGAUUCAGCAUGUCUGAGUCGAAACGAGGAAGUUUGCCUAUGGUCCAAGGCACGAGUCUUUCCAAAACUCAGGGUGCUUCCACUACGGAGGAAGUAGAACGCAUGAGAAAUGUUCCUUAUGCAUCGGCCAUUGGAUCCAUCAUGUAUGCGAUGGUGAGUUGGGUGGCUGCCAAGGUGGGGCCAAUAUGUUUUGUUUGUUUGCAGCUUGUUUCCUUACACAUAAUGGAGAGUAUAAUGGGGAACAAUUGUGGGGGCUGUGACAUGGAUUGUGGGCAGGGAUUCUUGGCCAAGGGUGAAGGGGAAGGGGAAGGGAAUAAUGUGAUUUUGGAUUUAUGGGUUUGGGAUAUUGUAAGGGGAAUAUGGGCAGGAUAUAUGGCUGGUUGUGGGUCAUGGUUUUUGGCUCUUUGUUGAUGUUGUGUUGGGAUUCAAAUCCUUAAUGCAAUAUAUUAUAAAAUGAGAAAUAUCCCUCCCCAUUUUCUUGUGUAAUUUUCGGCCACAUAGAGAGAGAGAGGAGAAAAUUAUUAUUUUGUGUUACAAGUUAUUUUUCUAAAGUGUUAGAAAUAUACACAAAAUAUUAUAAACAAAUAUUUAUAAGAUAAAUAUUUUACUAUAUAUUUAUUACUCCCAAAGUAGUAUUAUUAUAGUUUUUACUAUCCUAUAUUAAACUUGCUAGCACAAG